AACCAAAAGUGUUGAGGUUGGUCUCACUAGAAAACAUACUACCUCCCAACACCAAUUAUUGAACCAUGGGCUCCUCAAAAUAAAUAGAUGCAAGGUACCCCAAUAUUCCUCCGUAAAGACACUUUGCAUUUUGAGCUUGUUUCUUUUGCUGAGUUAGUUCUCAACUUUAGCUGAAAGCGUGUUUGAUCCUUGUAUCAACUUCAUAAUCAUUUUCCUGUCUAUCUAAUGACCACUGACAAGAAAGCAGCGAAUGCCAUGGGAAGCAAGACGGCUAGAGCCUGCGAUGGUUGUUUGCGGAAGCGUGCACGUUGGUAUUGUGCAGCAGAUGAUGCCUUUCUUUGCCAAGGCUGUGAUACAUCAGUCCACUCUGCUAAUCAGUUAGCCAGCAGGCAUGAAAGGGUUAGGCUUGAAACUGCAUCAUUUUCUAAGUUCAGUGCUUCGGUUACGAACCGAACUAAUCAAGAUGCCCCACCAGCAUGGCACCAAGGUUUCACUCGAAAGGCAAGAACACCAAGGCAAAACAAGUCCAUGUUGGGGCAACAAAAAGAUGAGGGAAAAGUUUUCAGUUUGAAUCCGCUUGAUCCUGUUGUUCCUGAGAUUGGUAGUGAAGACGGGUCAGUUGAUGAGAACGAAGAGCAGCUGCUUUGCAGAGUUCCGGUAUUGAAUCCUUUUGCUGCAGAGCUAUGUAAUAGGGUAACGAGUGAUGGUGAUGAAGUUGCUAUGGUAAAUGAAGAUGGGAAUUUCGUGAUUGAUGAUUAUGAACGUGAAGGAACAUGCGAGUUGGAUGAUGGAUUACAUGGCUUUUUACCAUCGGAUAUGGAUCUUGCUGAUUUUGCUGCUGAUGUGGAGAGCUUACUAGGAGUUGGACUUGAUGAUGAUGCUUGUUGUGACACCAAAGGAAUUGAAUUGUUACAUAGCAAGGAAGAAGAAGGAAGUAAUGUUCUACAUGAAGGCAGAAUUGUGAAAGUUAAAGAUGAAGAAGAAGUGGAAGGUAUAACAGCUUGUUGCUUUGAUUCUGCUUUUGAUGUGACAAGAGAAUCCUUAAACUGGAGCUAUGAUUAUGAGUCACCCACGAUUGGUGAGGAGGAAGAGGAGAAGGUGUUGCCUGCGACAGAGACAACAACAAUGAAUGGUGAAAGCAAGGCGGAGAUGAAGAGGAACAUGCUGUUGCGGCUGAAUUAUGAGUCAGUCAUCACUGCUUGGGCCAGCCAAGUGUCUCCUUGGACAGCAGGAAGUCGACCGGAAUUCAACCCUGAUGACUUCAUGGGCUCAAAUCUUAAAGAGGGCCAUCACCUGAGCGGAGGCAUAGGGGGAAUAUACAGCCUGCAGGGAAGAGGGAACACAGAUGGAGAAAGAGAAGCAAGGGUAUCAAGGUACAGAGAGAAGAGAAGAACGAGGCUGUUCUCGAAGAAGAUAAGGUAUGAAGUGAGGAAGCUGAAUGCGGAGAAAAGGCCCAGAAUGAAAGGCAGGUUCGUUAAGAGGACUUCCUUUGUGGGGACUGCUUUUACUUAUAUCAAUUAAUAACUGUUUAAACUGCCAAAUCUUGCUGUUUGUUUCUUUGCAAGAAUUGGCAGGAGAGUUGCUUAGCCAAUAGCCAGGCUAUACAUAUAAUUGGCUAAGCUUCCAAUUAGUAAAUGGAUUAGGGUAGCUGAUCACUGUUAGACCUUCUCUAACAGUACUAAAAAUCUUUCUAACGCUUGAAGCUUUGAUGUUAAUUAACCGAAAACGCUGUAAAGUAGUCAAGGUCCUGGUCUCUUUCCAUCUUUCUGCCUUGGACGAAUGAAGAAUUUUGUUUCAUUUCUCCAUAUAUACGAGACCAGAUAUGUUAAAACAGCUUUAUUCUUUAUAAACAGGUUGGUUUCUGUAAACAUUUGAUUCAACUUA